GAGACAUUCUCAAAUUUCUCUCCCAUCAGACAAGUCUGUAAGAAGUAGAACGGCAGACCGGAGCCGCUGGUAAAAGCAAGACGUAAGCACCGGGUGAGCUUGGGUUGAAUCCAAACAUUCAUUCUACCAGAUCGUCUCUAGGCUUUCACUCGGACCUCGAAGGUGAAUCCAGAGGGAAGAGAGAAUACCGUUACAGAAGGAGGCCGGUUUGCGUGUUAGUCUGCUACCUGUUGAGAGCCGUUGGAGGACAUUUGGCAGACAUCUUGUUUUGGGAAGGUCAUAACCACAAACCAUCCAGGAGAAUGUUGCUAUUGGGAUGACCUUUGUGACCUCACCAUUGCCCGCCCCCGUAAAGAUCAACCACCAAUCAGGAACCCUGAGGGAUGUGGUUGGCUGGUUCCAGUGAUGGACAGGUGACCAGCCAGACCUCUAGCUGCACCCUCCUGCUCUGAUUCCCCCUCUCCUUCCCCCCUCCCCUCUCUCCCUGGCGUGCAGUGCCAGCUCCCCCCACCAGGACGGAGACCCCCCACAUCUCUGCCAUGGUGACAUAAUCAGCAACACAGCAUGUGGGAGAACCAAUAUGGUGAAACCGUCUCAUUUCUAUCCCCAGUAGCUGCUCAAGCUGCUGCUGCUACUGUUACUUCUAUAGCCUGUGGAUUACUAACCAGAAGACUGGAAAAAACAACACUGACUUGGGACUGAUUUAUUUCUGCUAAGCCUACCCUAGGCUAGCCUACACUAUCCUGUCCUACCCUACCAACAAGCCCGUUUCGGUCAGUAGUUCAGCCGGGUCAGGCGUUGUGCAUGACGAUGCUGGGAUGUGUGUCCCGCCUGCGUCGGCUGGUCCGUCUUGUCUGCCACCUCCCCCUCCAGACCUCCCUGCUCCUCCUCUUCCUCUUCUGCACCGUCAGCGUCUUCGUCUCCGCAUACUUCCUGUACGGUGCGAAACAGGAGCUCGAGCACUCAGGAGGGGGCUUGGCUGGUGGCGAGGUGGCGUCGGCCGUCUACGAUGACCUCCGGGUGAGCCCGUCGCGCCUGCUCCCAUUGCGGGUGGUGUCUGGGGGGCCCGGGGGCGAAGGAGGGGUGAGGACAGACCCUGUGGUGCUGGUGUUUGUAGAGAGCCAGUACUCUCAGCUGGGCCAGGAUAUCGUGGCCAUCCUGGAGUCGGGGCGUUUCCGGUACCGGACGGAGAUCUCUCCCGGUAAAGGGGACAUGCCCACGUUAACUGAUAAGGAGCACGGACGCUUCACGCUGGUCAUCUAUGAGAACAUCCUGAAGUACGUUAACCUGGACGCCUGGAACAGAGAGCUGCUGGACAAGUACUGUGUGGAAUACGGAGUGGGCAUCAUCGGCUUCUUUAAGGCCAAUGAGAAUAGCCUGCUGAGUGCCCAGCUCAAAGGCUUCCCCCUCUUCCUCCACUCCAACCUGGGCCUGAAAGACUGCACGGUCAACUCCAAGUCCCCCCUCCUCUUCAUCACGCGCUCCGGCCAACCCCUCCCAGGCCCCCUCCCCGGUGACGACUGGACCGUCUUUCAGUCCAACCACUCCACCUACGAGCCCGUCCUCCUGGCCAAGACCCAGUCCGCAGAGAGUGUCCCCUCACUGGGUACGACGGUCGCACUGCUUCCCUCCGUGGUGCAGGACCUGGGGCUCCAUGAUGGGAUCCAGAGGGUUCUGUUUGGGAACAACCUCAACUUCUGGCUGCACAAGCUGGUGUUUGUGGACGCGGUGGGCUUCCUGACGGGAAAGAGGCUCUCUCUCUCCCUGGAGCGACACCUACUGGUCGAUAUAGAUGACAUCUUUGUUGGGAAGGAGGGCACGAGGAUGAAGGUGGAUGAUGUUAAGGCCCUGUUGGAGACCCAGCGAGAGCUGCGUAACCAUGUACCCAACUUCACCUUCAACCUGGGCUAUUCAGGGAAGUUCUUCCAUGCAGGGUCAGAUGAGGAGGACCUGGGGGAUGACCUGCUCCUCUCCUACGUCAAGGAGUUCUGGUGGUUCCCCCACAUGUGGAGCCACAUGCAGCCCCACCUCUUCCACAACCAGUCAGUGCUAGCUGAACAGAUGCUGCUCAACAAGAGGUUCGCUAUGGAGCACGGUAUCCCCACUAACAUGGGCUAUGCGGUGGCACCCCACCACUCUGGGGUGUACCCGGUCCACCUGCAGCUGUACGAUGCCUGGAAGAAGGUGUGGGGCAUCAGGGUGACCAGCACAGAGGAGUACCCCCACCUCAAACCUGCCCGCUUCAGACGAGGAUUCAUACACAGCGGUAUCAGCGUCUUGCCCAGGCAGACCUGUGGCCUGUUCACGCACACCAUCUUCUAUAAGGAGUACCCAGGCAGUCCCAACGAACUGGACAAACUCAUUAACGGAGGAGAGCUGUUCCUCACUGUUCUACUCAACCCUAUCAGUAUCUUCAUGACCCACCUGUCUAACUACGGUAAUGACCGGCUGGGCCUGUACACCUUUAAGAGCCUGGUGGCCUUCCUGCAAACCUGGACCAACCUGCGGCUGCAGACCCUGCCUCCCAUCCAGCUGGCCCAGAGAUACUUCAGCCUCUUCCCUAACGAGAGAGACCCACUCUGGCAGGAUCCCUGCGAGGACAAAAGGCACAAGGACAUCUGGUCAAAGGAGAAGACAUGCGACCGUUUCCCCAAGCUGCUUGUCAUUGGGCCUCAGAAGACAGGUUCUACAGCCCUCUACCUGUUCCUGGGCAUGCACCCUGACCUGACCAGUAACUACCCCAACAAGGAGACCUUUGAGGAGAUCCAGUUCUUCAACGGACACAACUACCACAGAGGCAUCGACUGGUACAUGGAGUACUUCCCCCUGCCCUCCAACACCAGCUCAGACUACUACUUUGAAAAAAGUGCCAACUAUUUUGACUCUGAGGUGGCAGCGGAGCGGGCGGCUGCCCUCUUGCCUAAAUCCAAGAUCAUCACCAUCCUCAUCAACCCAGCUGACCGCGCUUACUCCUGGUACCAGCACCAGCGCGCUCAUGACGACCCAGUGGCUCUGAAAUACUCCUUCCAUGAUGUUAUCGUGGCUACCCAUGAUGCCCCGGUGAGAUUGCGUGUGCUCCAGAACCGUUGCUUGGUGCCGGGCUGGUACGCCAUCCACCUAGAGAGAUGGCUCAACCACUACCACUCCAGUCAGGUCUUGGUUCUGGAUGGGCAGCAGCUGAAGACUGAGCCGGCCUCAGUCAUGGACAGGAUCCAGAGGUUUUUGGGCCUGGUCAACACAGUCAACUACCACAGGAUCCUAGCGUUUGACCCCAACAAAGGCUUCUGGUGUCAGCUGCUGGAGGGAGGGAAGACCAAGUGUCUGGGGAAGAGCAAGGGGCGGAGGUACCCUGACAUGGACCCUGAGUCCCAGUUGUUCCUCAGGGAGCACUACAGGGAUCAAAACAUAGCAUUAUCUAAGCUGCUGUACAGGAUGGGCCAGCCCUUGCCCAGCUGGCUCCGAGAGGAACUGGUCCAUACCAGGUAGCAGGGGGAGGGGGACAGCUCAGCGGACUGUACCACAGCUUAACCACCCCCCAUAUGGAGGAGUGUGAUAUGAAUCCCCUGGAGGAUCCAUAGGAGGGUAAGAAAGGGGUGUGUUCUGAUGAAGGCCUCUCCUUCUGUAUGUGCUCUUCAUAAGAGGGAAGAACAGGGAGGAAGGGAGAGCAGGGACGGUGACCUGUGGGCGGUGAGUCUACAAUGGCUCAUAACCUAGGCCCUAAGUGCACUCCUCUCUCUCCCUUUGUUGUACCUCUCCAUGAAACACCACCACCCUUACUUGGUACAUUCUAUGAAGAGACUACCCACAAGACUGUGCCACCUCUUACAAAGGUGGAGUGGUGUGAAGGUACCGGUACAGAUAGGAGGGUGUGGUCAACCCUCAUCCUCUCUUUCUUUGACUAUCCCUUGCGUUCCUCACAUGGACUUGGACCUUACUCUUGAGAGGAACAGGAGGAUGAAGAGGAAGAGUGAGACUUGGCUAGCCUGCACAGUACCAGUCAUUUAAGGCUGGGUGAGGUGAAAAAAGGGCAGAUAUUACACUAGAGCAGAGAUCAAUUAGUACUUGAAUGAAUUAAAGAACGAAUGCCAUUAGUUGAAAAUGCCUGUGGUUUUUAUCUAAAAACCAUAGGGGGGUGGUAUGAUGUAUAUUGACUCAGGCUACAGGUGUGAUGUGGUCUUAUUCACUAGGCCUUUAGACACUAGACGUGAACACAUUUACCAGUGCCCUGAGAGUCUUCACCACUACAUUACCUGGCCUAUUGACAGUUCUUAUUUUUUAAGAUUGGGAUUUGGAGACAUGUUAUUGUAAAAGGUGACCAGAAACACAUUUUGCUUCGUUUCUGUUUCAGAUGGGUUUGCAUACACAGCACAGGAAGUGUCAGGCAGACAGCCAGGCUGCACACAUUGAAAGCACAAUAUGCAAAGUAUUGGUACAUCUCAUAAAUAGACUUUACAGAUACACACAUAUUCUAAUUUAUCAGGUUGUCUGAAAGCACAGUCAUUCUAAUUUAACAGCUUGUCUGAAAGCACAGUCAUUCUAGUUUAAUAGGUUGUCUGAAAGCGCAGUCAUUCUCGUUUAAUAGGUUGCCUGAAAGCGCUGUCAUUCUAAUUAACAGCGUGUCUGAAAGCACAGUCAUUCUAGUUUAAUAGGUUGUCUGAAAGCGCAGUCAUUCUAAUUAACAGCUUGUCUGAAAGCGCAGUCAUUCUAAUUAACAGCUUGUCUGAAAGCGCAGUCAUUCUAAUUAACAGCUUGUCUGAAAGCGCAGUCAUUCUAGUCUAAUAGGUUGUCUGAAAGUGCAGUCAUUCUAGUUUAAUAGGUUGUCUGAAAGUGCAGUCAUUCUAAUUAACAGCUUGUCUGAAAGCUCAGUCAUAACACAGAUAUUACAGUAUGUGAAGUCGGUCCCACGUUAAACAAAGUACAACUUAUGAAGGCUUCAUAUAGUAUUCCUAAAGGCUUCAUAGGCACUACAAAAAUGCUUCACAAAUCAUCUAUAAUCAUAUUUCAUACUCUAAAUGGUGUAUAAAAGGUGACUACACUUCCCACUGUAGGAUGAAUUGCCAAAUGUGACAUAACACACUGUAUGCUUAUACACCAUUCAUAGUGUCAUACGCUAAUUUUGAGGCGUUUAUGUAGUGCUUAUAAAGCCUUGAUGUAUGCUCUUUCAAGCGUUUAUAAGUUGUACUUUAUUUAAAGUGGGAACGUGAAGUCUGACAUAAGCUAAGUUUAAAUGCACUCAAGUCCAUCAGUCAUCUGCAGUGUGAGGAUUAUUUUUUAUAAAUCCUUAUUUUGAAUGUUCCAUUUCAUUUGUUUUAGCAGUUGUUCAUAGUAUUUCUGAGUUGCAUCAGGGAGAAUCUAAAUCAUGAACAUCUGACAUAGUCAGUAUGGCCCAAGUUAUAGUAGUAGUUGUAACUCAGACAUUAGUCACAUGGUACUACCACUGCAAGCAUACAUAACAAAAAGCUGCUCUUACCGCAAUACUUUUGUACAACGUUGUUCAGACGUAAUAACAACGCACAUGCUGUUUGUUUCUUUCCUGACUCUGUAAUCUAAUGUUAUAGACAUCAAUUAUUGAAUGCGAUUGAGGUGAAACUCUUUCAGCCCCUUCUCAUAAUGCAACGAAAGAGGUAUUGAGUGGGACAGAAUCAUCCAGGUAGUAUUGAAUUGUCACUACUAUGGAUCUUAAUAUAGUGCCAUCUGCUGAAGUCCCGACAGAUCUCUUUCAUCCUCUGUUCAUGUGAAUGUUCCUCCCCUCAACUACCCCCACACUGCCAAUUGUUGUACAGAGCUCCUUGAUUUCUUUAUUUAAAGUAUUAUUGACAUGAUAAUAACACAAUAACAGCAAUGAUGGUACUAAUCUCCCCGGACUGUACGAUAAAGACUUGUAAUUGUUGUCAAUCAUUUUUACAGUGUAACUAAUAUUGUCAGUGCUUUUUAAUUAGCAAAUAAAACCACUUGAUUUUUUAUA